CCAGCAGCUGAUCGGUAAUCCAGAAGAAGUUUCCCCUCAGUUAGGGGGGAGCUCCACUUUGAAGCAGGAGACUCCACAACCACCCUGCAUUAAAAAGGAAGAGGAGGAACUCUGCAUCACUCAGGAGGGAGAGUGUCUUCUAGGACGAGAGGAAGCUGAUUACACCAAGUUUCCACUGAGUAUUCUCUCUGUGAAGACUGAAGAUGAUGAAGAGAAACCACAAGUAGACAACCUCUUAGCUCCACUAUCAGAUAGUGAGGCUGAAGACGAGAUUGAAGUAACUUUGAGCAGCGAUACAGACUGUGAAGGUGAUAUGAGGACUCACACUGACAACAAACACUCUGAAUGCUCUACAAAGAAGAGAGGUAAAACAUGUUUGAGCUGCUCGGUUUGUGCUAAAAGUUUUACUAAAAAGAGCAGUUUGACUCUACACAUGAGAACACACACAGGUAAAAAACCCUUUAAUUGUUCAGUUUGUGGCAACAGCUUUUCUGGAAAUGGCUCAUUGACUCAACACAUGAGAACACACGCAGGUGAAAAAACAUUUAAUUGUUCAGUUUGUGGCAACAGCUUUUCUCAAAAUAAAAAGUUGACUCGACACAUGAGAACACACACAGGUGAAAAACCCUUUAAUUGUUCAGUUUGUGACAAAAGCUUUUUUAAUAAGAGCAUUUUGACUCAACACAUUAGAACACACACAGGUGAAAAACCCUUUAAUUGUUCAGUUUGUGGCAAAAGCUUUUCUCAAAAUAGCAAUUUGACUCAACACAUGAGAACGCACACAGGUGAAAAAACAUUUAAGUGUUCAGUUUGUGGCAAACGCUUUUUUAAUAAGAGCAUUCUGACUCAACACAUGAGAACACACACAGGUGAAAAACCCUUUAAUUGUUCAGUUUGUGGCAACAGCUUUUCUAUUAAGAGCAUUUUGACUGGACACAUGAGAACACACACAGGUGAAAAAACAUUAAAGUGUUCAGUUUGUGGCAAAAGCUUUUAUUUUAAGAGCAUUUUGACUAAACACAUGAGAACACACACAGGUGAAAAACCCUUUAAUUGUUCAGUUUGUGGCAACAGCUUUUCUCAAACUAGCAAGUUGACUCAACACAUGAGAACACACACAGGUGAAAAAACAUUUAAGUGUUCAGUUUGUGGCAAAAGCUUUACUAUUAAGAGCAUUUUAACUCAACACAUGAGAACACACACAGGUGAAAAACCAUUUAGUUGUUCAGUUUGUGGCAAAAGCUUUUCUAUUAAGAGCAAUUUGACUCCACACAUGAGAACACACACAGGUGAAAAAACAUUUAAGUGUUCAGUUUGUAGCAAAAGCUUUUCUUUUAAGAGCAGUUUGACUAAACACAUGAGAACACACACAGGUGAAAAACCCUUUAAUUGUUCAGUUUGUGGCAACAGCUUUUCCCAAAAUAGCCAUUUGACUCAACACAUGAGAACACACACAGGUGAAAAAACAUUUAAGUGUUCAGUUUGUGGCAAAAGCUUUUCUUUUAAGAGCAGUUUGACUAAACACAUGAGAACACACACAGGUGAAAAACCCUUUAAUUGUUCAGUUUGUGGCAACAGCUUUUCUCAAAAUAGCCAUUUGACUCGACACAUGAGAACACACACAGGAGAAAAAACAUUUACCUGUUCGGUUUGUGGCAAAAGCUUUCCUCAUAACAGCUCUUUGUGGCGACACAUGAGAACACACGCUGGAGAAAAACCAUUUAGUUGUUCAGUGUGCUGUAAAAGUUUUACUAAAAAGAGCAGUUUGACUCAACACAUGAGAACACACACAGGUGAAAAACCCUUUAAUUGUUCAGUUUGUGGCAAAAGCUUUUCUCAAAAUGGCAAUUUGACUGAACACAUGAGAACACACACAGGUGAAAAUACAUUUAAUUGUUCAGUUUGUGGCAACAGCUUUAAUCAUAACAGCUCUUUGUGUCGACACAUGAGAACACACAUUGGAGAAAAAACAUUUAAUUGUUCAGUUUGUGGCAACAGCUUUCAUCAUAUUAGCUCUUUGUGGCGACACAUGAGAACACACGCUGGAGAAAAAACAUUUAAUUGUUCAGUUUGUGGCAAAAAUUUUAAUCAUAACAUGUCUUUGUGGCGACACAUGAGAACACACACAGGAGAAAAAACAUUUAACUGUUCAGUUUGCGGCAAAAGCUUUCGUCAUAACAGCUCUUUGUGGCGACACAUGAGAACACACGCUGGAGAAAAACCAUUUAGUUGUUCAGUGUGAUGUAAAAGGUUCCCACAUAAUGCAGACGCAGUAAAACACAUAAGAACACACAAGGGAAAAUAACCUAUUAGCUGUUUAGUUUGUGGUAUGUUGCUCAUAUGUGGUGACAUCCACCCUACCCAGGACCUCCUCACUGCUUCUUUCACAAAUGUCUGAGGUAUUCAUACAAACUUGGAUUAUUUGGAGCAUAAUCUUAUCCACUCAUGACUCCAUGUCUUCUCUGUAUCUGAAACCUUGCUGAACAGUAAAAUAGAUUAUGCUUCAAGUGCUUGGUUACUCCUUCUUCAGUCCAGGGACCUGGGGCCUCAUGUGGACUAGGCUCAGUGCAAGUUGUUUUACUCUGUCCUCCACCCUGAGCCAGCCCACUUUGGAGAAGUGGGUAGGAGUGAGGUGGGAUCUGGGGUGGAGGUCUAGAAGUAAUCUGACUAGCUUGUUCUGGGAUGUUUGGAGUCUAGAUUUGAGGGUUGACUUUCUUAAGGUCGAUGUGGGACCCAAAUAGGAUGGAUUCUGUUUUACCCAAGUGUAUGUAUAGCUUGUUGUCAGCGAGCCAGGUGCAAGUUCUACAGAGUUCAGCACUGAGGAUUUUCUCCACCUGUGACUUGUCCCUGUCUGAUACCAGCAGGGCAGAGUCAUCCGCAAACAAGAACAAUUCACAGUCGCAUGCCGAUGACAAGUUGUUUAUGUAUAUUAGGAACAGUAAAGGCCCCAAUAUACUGCCUUGGGGGACUCCACAGCUCACCGAGAGGGGGGGGAACACGGUGCCGUUCACCUCUACCACCUGCUCCUUCCCCUCCAAGUAAGAUUGCAUCCAGCUCCAUGAGGUUUUGUUAAAUCCGAAUGCUCUGAGCUUAUCCAACAGUAUAGCGUGGUUAACGGUGUCAAAGGCCUUCUGAAGGUCCAGCGUGACCAUGCCGCAGUAUUUGCCCGCGUCCACCUCAUGUUUGAUGUGGUCGCUCAGAUAGAGAAGGCAUGUGUCAGUGGAGUGGUUAGUUCUGAAGCCGGAUUGGAAUUUGUACAUGAGUUUAUUAGUGGCAAGGUAACUAUCGACCUGUUCAUAAACUAUUUUCUCCAUUACUUUCGAAAUGGAACUGAGAAUAGAAACAGGUCGGUAGUUGCCAGGUUCCUAUUUGCUUACUUUUUUAAAGAUGGGAGUUACUCUUGCUAUCUUAAAAUCUUUUGGUACUUGGCCUUGUGUAAUUGAGAGGUUUAUUAUGUGCCUGAUGAUCGGGGCAAUGAUGGAGGCAGAGUCCCUGAGGAAUCUGGAGGGGAUAUUAUCAAGGCCGGCGGCCUUGUUUGGGUGGAGCGCGCUCAAUUUUUUAAACACCUCAUCAGCUGUGACCAUUUCUAAUUUGAAAUCAUUGUUGGAUACUCCUAGCUUUCUGUAGAAGGCUUUAAUGUGUUCUACACCAAAGCGACCAGAGUGGUAGGACAGCUUGUUGACAAAAGUUGCGGCUAUGCUGGUGAAAAAGAUGUUAAGGCUGCUUGCUACCUCCAUUUUGUCUGUAAUGAGGGAGUCUCCCUCCUUGAUGCUGAUGUUGGUGAGUCUGGUUUUAAGUUUCUGGCUGCAACCGGGAAGCUGGUUGUUGAGAAUUUUCCAGAGCUCACGUGGCUUAUUUGUGUUUUCCUCUAUUUUGUCGUUAAUGUGAUUUUUUUUUAAGGAUUUAGUCAGGUUUGUUGACUUAUUUCUUAAUUUAUUGCAUUGCUUUUUGAGAGUUGAAAGGAGUGAUUUGAGGUUGAUAUUAUUGGGUUGUUUAUCUACUUCUGUUUUACACUUUUGGUUUUCGGAGUAUUUUCUGUCUCUGUCUUUUAUGGCAGCUAAUAGGUCCGGAUUCAUCCAUGGUUCCGAGCGGGCUUUGAUCCUGACUGUUUUCACAGGAGCCAUGUCAUUUAGUAUCUUUAGGAACGCUGUUUUGAAGCGAUCCCAAGCAACAUCGACCAGGUUGCUCACGAGCACAGGGGACCAGUCCCACUCAUCUAAUUUUAAAUUGAAAUUAUCACUGGAGUAUUUUUUAAGGGAUCUGGAUUGGGCUGUUAUGUGGCCAUUGGCUUUGGGUUUAGCUAUUUUGCGGGUGCAGAAGGUUAGAUAGUGGUCGCUAAGACCACAGAUCAUGACCCCACAAUUUUUUAUUUUAGGUCGGUCUGAAGUGAGAAUGAGAUCUAUAACCAUAGAUCUCAUGGGUGUGUGAUUGGGUGGAAUCACACACCCUUGUAGGUAGUGCUAUUAGCUGGGAAAGACCGUGUAGAUUACAAAACUAGCUGUAGGGUCUGAGAACAGGCGCAUCUCUGCGUUGAAUAUCUGUGUUCAGAUCCCCAGUUAUAAUUUUCUCCACCUUGUCUGCCGCAGCCAAGCACUCCUCCAGAGCCCCAUAGAAAUCACUCUGAUUAGGGGGUCUGUAAACAGUCCCUAUUGGUACCGGCUUAGCGUUUUUAAAUUUGAUUUCCACCCACACAGAUUCCAGGUCAUUGUGGUUAAGAUCAGUGCGAGUUAUGUAUUUCAUAUAUUGGUGAAUAUACAUACAAACGCCCCCACCGUGUUUAUUCCUGUCCUUUCUGAUAACCGAAAAGUUUUCUAUUUCUAUCUCUGAGUCAGAAAUACUUUGAUCAAAUUUGGUUUCAGAGAAACACAGGAUUUUUACCUUCGUGUUGAGGAACAUUUCUCUGAUUUGGUCGAGUUUGGUUCCAGAGAGGCUGUUCACAUUAAGGUGGAUGAUGUGUAGUCCACUGGAACCAAAAAGAGCAUCAGACUCCGAUGUGUAGUGGUACUGUCCAGAAAAGCUGUUGGUUGUGGUUGGGGGUGGGGGGCGUGGUUAAGGCAAGGCAAGGCAACUUUAUUUGUAUAGCGCUUUUCAUACACAAGGCAGACUCAAAGUGCUUCACAGACAACAAAGUGAAAUGAAAGAAAAUAAAAGCAAAAUUAAAAUGCAGACAAUAAAAAUAAAAACAGUGCAGACGUUAAAAGUUAAAAGAUUUAGCUGAAAGCUAAGGUGAACAUAAAAGUCUUCAGUCUAGUUUUAAAAGUAGUCAGAGUUGGGGAGAGUCUGACAUCUUCAGGAAGUUUAUUCCAGCUAUUUGUUGCAUAGUGACUGAAUGAUGCUCUCCCUUGAUUUGAGUUUACUCUUGGAACCGCUAACAGAUUGGUCUCAGAAGAUCUUAGUGAUCUAGAGGGCUUAUAUAGUGGGAGCAUAUCAGUGAUAUACUUGGGCCCUAGACCAUGUAGUGAUUUAUAUGUGAGCUGGAGGAUUUUGAAAUCAAUUCUCUGAUGUACAGGGAGCCAAUGUAAGGAUUUAAGAAUUGGUGUAAUGUGCUCACAUUUUUUGGUCUUUGUUAGAACUCUAGCAGCAGCGUUCUGAACAAGCUGUAGCUGCCUCACAGUUUUUUUGGGAAGACCUGCAAGGAGACCAUUACAAUAGUCUAGCCUACUGGUAAUAAAGGCAUGUACAAGUUUUUCAAAGUCUUGAGCUGACAUGAGCCCUCUAAGUCUUUUUACAUUUUUGAGGUGAUAGUAGGCUGAUUUUGUUACUGAUUUGAUGUGACUGUCGAAAUGUAAAUCCGAAUCUAAAAUAACCCCAAGAUUUCUGGCUUUAUUUGAGGUUUUCAGGGACAGUGAUUGAAGGUGUUGGACGACUUUAAACCUUUCUUUUUUAGCACCAAAAACAAUUAUCUCAGUUUUAUCUUCAUUUAGUUGUAGGAAAUGUUGGCACAUCCAGUGUUUGACUUGCUCAAUGCACUGGCACAGAACAUCUAUGGGGCGAUAGUCAUUUGGUGAUAGCGCUACAUAGAUUUGGGUGUCAUCGGCAUAGCAAUGAUGGUCAAUGUUAUUAUUUUGCAUGAUUUGUCCUAGUGGGAGCAUAUAGAUGUUAAAUAAAGUCGGCCCCAAGAUUGAACCUUGGGGGACUCCACACGUUACGUUGGUUGGUUCUGAUACAAAGUCACCAAUGGAAACAAAAUAGUUCCUAUCUUGUAGAUAUGACUUGAACCAGCUUAAAACUGUGCCUGAGAUCCCCACCCAGUUUUCCAACCUGUCCAAAAGUAUUGAGUGGUCGACAGUGUCAAAUGCAGCACUGAGGUCCAAAAGCAUUAAUACUGAAGUUUUGCCAGAGUCUGUGUUUAGACGGAUGUCAUUUAUAACUUUAAGAAGGGCCGUCUCUGUGCUAUGAAGAGGUCGAAAUCCUGACUGGAAGUUGUUGUGGCAGCCAGUAGAAGCCAAGAAGUGAUUUAGUUGUUGGAGGACAACAUUCUCAAUUAUUUUACUUAUGAAUGGUAGAUUGUAAAUUGGUCUGUAGUUGUUGAUAACAGAGGCAUCUAGGCUCUGCUUAUUUAGAAGAGGUUUAAUGACUGCAGUUUUGUUUUUGUUUGUAUAGUAUUGUUCUUGUAUUAUAUUGUUUAUGUUGAAUGUGGAGUGAGUGAGAGAGGUUGGGAUAUAAUAAGCAUCUGCUUCAUCCAACCCCUUUUCAAGCCUUGCAUAAAUGUCUCUGCCAAAAUGUAAAAAAAAAAUGUUUUGUUGUACUGUGCAGGUUUGGAAUAAAUAAUUCAAUUCAAUAUAUAUAUAUAUUUAUCCUAUUAUACAUAUAAAUACUUGAAUUUCAGUGUCCCGGAGGCUAUCCAGUAGAUGGCAGUAUUGUCCUGUUUAAGAGUGUCACAACAUUGCUGUUUACGGCAGACGAACUGCUUUACGGUAGACAAAAACGUUACUGCUGUUGGUGUGUGUUGUUACCGCGCUGGGAGGACGUUAAUGAAACUGCCUAACAAUAAACCCACAUAAGAAACCAAGAACUCGCCCUCAAUCAUUCUACAGUUAUAACGUGAUUGGGCAGGCACGCUGUUUAUAUCGUGGGAAAGCGGACGUGAAAACAGACUGUCGCCGCUGUCCCCACUCAGGUCCGCAUGGAGCUGGAGGGGGCGUGGCCUCCAGCUCCGGCUGAAUUCCGGGAGAUUUUCGGGAGAAAAUUUCUUCCGGGAGGUUUUCGGGAGAGGCGCUGAAUUCCGGGAGUCUCCUGGA